CUCUCAGCCUCUCUUUUCCCUACCAAUAUCAGGCACCCCACCUGCUUGCUGCUCUUUAGAAAUCUAAACCUUUACCCCUCCCCCUCCUUCCUGACUGACAGCCGAUUAGUCACAGCUCCUUUUUAUACCCAAGCUUUUUCAACCUGGUAGUCGCAGAAAAUCACUCAAUUGCCUUUCCUUCUCUGCUAGUAUUCUUGUCGCACACUUGUGCUCUUUAAAAAUGAUGUCCCGCCAACCGAAGCUACGGCCAAAGUCACACAUUCCCGGCUUCCCAGAUUCCAUGUACGAUCUUGCGACAAUGUCGUCUUUGUCGCAGCUGGAAGCUCGCACGUCGCUAGGAGAAGAUAAGCACGACCAACGUGUCUUUCGCGUCAAGCGCAAGCAUGUUCUCAAGGCCUGUGAUCGCUGUAGAGUCAAGAAGACCAAGUGUGACGGUAAACAGCCAUGUAACCGCUGUUCCGCGUAUAACCAUCCAUGUCUCUUUCGGGAGAGGAAGGCUACGCAGACAAAGGUCUAUUCGCGAGGGUUCGUUGAAAUGCUCGAAUCGCACCACUCCCUUGUUGUGAAAGCACUACAGCGGCUCUAUAAGCUCUGCCUGAAUAAAGAUGGGUUUCCGGGAGAGCCCCUUACAGAGUCCUCUGAUGGUUAUCCUUUGACGCAUGCAAUCUUGGACCGCCUCGGACUGAUAAAACAGGCCGAGGAGAAUGCGGAUGAACAAGAUGAGGACUCGGAAGAUCUUCAAUAUCUACGAUAUAUGGCUUCUACUGAUUGCAGCGCAACCACCGAUCCAUCUCCAGAGCCUGUUACUCCCCCGGAGCCCUCUCCAAGCAACUGCAGUCCCGUUAGCCCCUCCACUAAGGCCGGUGGUCCUUAUAAAUGGGAAUACCAACCUGUGCAACCGGCUCAUCAUGAACAAUAUGCCGGCUACCAACACUCAGGGUUUCAUAAUGUGACGAUGCCUCGGUCAGCGGUGGACUCAGCUGGUCUGGCAGCUGAUAGCAAGUGUUCCGAAACGUUACCUCCAGUGUCUAACCCAGAGAACUCAUAUUACUAUUAUACGGGUACCGGUGGCAACGCCGAAUCAACGAAAGGCCCUCUUCAUCCUGGACUGACCGCAGGGCCGAGGACAAAUCAUUAUUCUACCGGUAUGCCUGCUGAAAUUCUCAGUAACUACAGCCUUCACUUGCAGGAUCAACAAUCACUCUACCAAGGCCUUGCACCUAGCUGGGCGUCUUACCCAUGUGGCUGA